UGAGGGGGAGCCGUCAUGGCCCCCAGCCUGGUGGCUGACUUUCUCCUCCUGCUUUUCCAGGCUGACCAGCUGACUGAGGAGCAGAUCGCAGAGUUCAAGGAGGCCUUCUCCCUUUUUGACAAGGAUGGAGAUGGCACUAUCACCACCAAGGAGCUGGGGACAGUGAUGAGGUCCCUGGGACAGAACCCCACUGAAGCAGAGCUACAGGACAUGAUCAAUGAGGUGGACGCGGAUGGGAACGGGACCAUUGACUUCCCGGAGUUCCUGACCAUGAUGGCCAGAAAGAUGAAGGAUACCGACAGCGAGGAGGAGAUCCGAGAGGCCUUCCGUGUCUUUGACAAGGAUGGCAACGGCUACAUUAGCGCGGCAGAGCUGCGUCACGUGAUGACGAACCUGGGUGAGAAGCUGACCGAUGAGGAAGUGGAUGAGAUGAUCAGAGAGGCUGACAUCGACGGAGACGGCCAGGUCAAUUAUGAAGAGUUUGUACAGAUGAUGACCGCAAAGUGACGGCCCGGGCAGCUGGCAAUGCCCGUUCUCUUGAUCUCUCUUCUCGCGCUCUCUCUUCAACACUCCCCCGCGUUCCAGUUCUAGCAAACACCAACCGAUUGACUGAGAAUCUGAUAAAGCAACAAAAGAUUUGUCCCA